GGCUAUUUAAAAUGGAAGACUUUGAAAGAAAACACGUACACAAAUUCUAUGAAGAGUCCUCAGAAGAAUUUUCUGCAACACGAUACAAGCCCUGGCCUAAAAUAGAGUAUUUUUAUAGCAAGUAUGUAAGAAAAACAGAUCUGGUAUUGGAUGCAGGCUCAGGCAAUGGGCGGAACACGUUUUUCCCCGACCGAACGCUAUCACUGGAUUAUUCUUCUGGGCUAUUGGGAAUAGCUCAAAGAAAACAUGGUGGGAUGGGGUAUAUAAGAGGAGAUUUAGGAGAGGAUUUGCCUUUUAAACAGAACACAUUUGAUAUUUGCAUAUCCAUUGCUGUUAUACACCAUCUUUCAAGUGAAGAAAGAAGAAAAACCGCGGUCAAGUCUAUGGUGGAUAUGUUAAAAAUCGGUGGACAUGCACUGAUUUAUGUGUGGAGUGAGUCACCAGAGAGUAAAGCAUCAAAAUUCAUAAGUAUUCCAAACUUAGAAGAUGCAAGCUUAGAUAAAAUAGACAACUUAUCAGCAAAUGAUGUUUUUGUUGGGUGGAAGAGUGCAAAUAAAUUAAACAGAUACUAUCACUUAUUCAAAACAAACGAGCUAGAAAGUAUUCUAAAGGAUCUUCCUGUAAAUAUAAUUGAGUCAGGAAAAGACCACGGAAAUUACUAUGCAAUAAUUAAAAAGGUGUAAUUAUACUGCAGUAUACGCAUUAUCUAUAUAAUUACCAAAUAGAAUAAAUAGAAUCAGAAAUACCCCCGAAAUUUACCAUCCCUUUAUUCCCUAGAGCUCUACAGUGCAACUAAACACUAAUU